UUCUUGGGAAAACGAAAAGAAGAAAGAAGAAAGAAAGGGGUUAAAAAAAAAAAAAAUCUUCUCUACACUGCCUUUAAUGGCGCCGAUGCCAAAUCCCUUUCGUUUCUCCCGAAGAGAAUGUCGGUCUUCUAAUCGUCUAUGACAAUCUCCUCCACUCCAUUUCAAAGUUCUCUCUCUCUCUCUCUCUCUGAGACUACAAAAACCCCAUCUUUCAUGGAAAAAUCCAGAAGCAUCUACUCCACCAAACCUCCUGACUCCUUACCAAUCUCUCAUUUCAAAAAUCCCAAUUCUACCUUUAGACUUUCACUUAUUUUACUGCUACUCUCUCUGACAGCCGCUGCUGAUACCCGACGAAACGCUUCCGAUUUCCAUUCCCAGGACAGAGACUCGCUUCUCAAACUCAGGUCAUGGCUCACCGAUCCGAAAGUUACCCUUUCUACCUGGACCGGUUCCAACUGCACUGCCUGGGCAGGGAUUUCCUGCUCGAACCGGACCGGCCGGGUCACCCGAGUCGACCUCUCCCACUCUAAUCUCUCCGGAUCCAUCCAUCCGAGCUUCUGCAAGCUUCCGCUGCUUAAAACCCUAAUCCUCUCCCAAAACAACAUCUACGGCCCGAUUCCGCCCUGUUUCGGCGAGUUCCGAGUGCUCAAAACCCUAGAUCUCAGCAAGAACCGGUUUUCCGGCCAGAUCCCGGUCCAACUGUCGAAUCUUUCUCGUCUCGAAGACCUUCUCCUCGCCGAGAAUCUAGAUCUCGGCGGUCGGAUUCCUGAUUGGAUGGGGAAUUUCUCAUCUCAUCUUCGAAAGCUCGAUCUCGGGUCGAAUUCAUUCCAGGGACAGAUUCCGGAGAGCUUGAUCUACCUCCGAUCAUUGCAGCAUUUAGAUCUUUCGAGCAAUCUAUUGCGUGGAAUUCUUCAAGACUUUGAUCGAUCGGAGCUGAUCUUCCUCAGCCUCUCUUCAAAUUCUCUCUCUGGAACUCUUCCCUGUUUUUCGGCUUCGGUUCAAUCUCUCUCCACCCUCAAUCUCGCCAACAAUUCAAUUGUUGGCGGUAUCCCUACCUGCAUUUCGUCGCUGCGAUCAUUGACGGUCCUCAAUCUCUCAUCCAACGGCUUGAAUUACGCUAUAUCUCCGCGGCUUAUAUUCUCCGACUCGCUUCUCGUUCUGGACCUGAGCUGGAACGAGCUUUCCGGUGCUCUCCCGAUGAAAAUUGCAGAGACGUCUGACAAAUCAGGGCUGAUCCUUCUUGAUUUCUCUCACAAUCGAUUCUCGGGUGAAAUUCCGAUGGGAAUUACAGAGAUCAAGAGCUUGCAAGCUCUGUUUCUCUCUCACAAUCAGCUCUUGGGAGAGAUCCCGGCAACCAUCGGAAACCUAACUUAUCUCCAAGCAAUUGAUCUUUCCUACAACUCUCUAUCAGGAUCAAUUCCUUUGAGCCUCGUCGGCUGCUUCCAGCUGCUGGAAUUGAAGCUCAACAACAACAAUCUCUCGGGAAUCCUUCGGCCAGAGCUCGACGCAUUGGACAGCUUAAAGAUCUUAGAUCUCAGCAACAACAAGAUCUCCGGCGAGAUCCCGCUGCCGCUGGCGGGGUGCAAAUCGCUCGAAAUCGUCGAUCUGAGCGGCAACAAUCUGGCUGGGGAAUUGAACGACGCAAUCCUCAAAUGGACGAGGCUGCGGUUCCUAUCACUCGCCCGCAACGAUUUCAAUGGCGUUCUGCCAGAUUGGAUCUUCUCAUUCGAAUCGAUCCAAUUGCUUGAUCUAUCCGGCAACAAUUUCUCCGGAUUCAUACCGGACGGCGAUUUCAAUGUUAGCUCGAGCUUCAACCGCCGAAAAAUUCGCAAUGCCGGCGAACUCAACAGCGAUGGAAUGAGGGUUUUCGUUACUCUGGUCAGAACCCGUGAAUUGGGUUUUGAUUACGAUCUCAGAUCGGCGAUCAGGAUCGAUUUAUCGGAAAAUUCACUCCGUGGAGAGAUUCCAGCGGGUUUGAUCGGUUUACGGGGAUUGGAGUAUCUUAAUCUGUCUUAUAAUUUCCUUGUGGGUCAGAUUCCGGCGAAUCUGGAGAAGAUGGGAAAUCUGAAGAGCUUGGAUCUAUCGCAUAAUUCAUUGUCCGGUCAGAUCCCGGCCAGCAUCUCCGACCUCAGGGAUUUGAAGUUUUUGAAUCUUUCCUACAACUGCUUGUCUGGAUCAGUGCCGGGUAGGCGGAGGUUUUGGAGGUUCCCGGGAGCGUUUGCCGGGAACCCAGACCUGUGCGUGGAAUUUUCUGGCGAGGGGUGUCAGAAGGCGGCGAGUUUUCCGGUAGCGUCAGGGAGGAUGUUUGAAGGGGAGAAGGAAGAGGGGUUGGUUUCUGUGUCGGCGUUUUGGAUAAGCGCUGUGGUUACUUUCUACGUCUCGGUUGUGGUCGUAUUUGGCUCUGCUCCCACUAGAAAUUACAUUCUCAGGGCUUCGAAAUUUUGAAGGUCGAAGAUGGAAAAAAAAAGGUUUUUUCCUGUGGGAGUUGAUUUGUAUAUGGAGAGGGAUUUACUUUUGAAUUAUUACGCUAUUUUAUUUAUCUUUUACAAGUG